UGCUCCCUCGGUGGUGGACUGGUAGCCUGACCUCACAAGUCACAACCAGAUAGCAGAGCGAUCAAAAGUGGAGGCUAGCAAGCAAGAAAAGGAAACACCUACUCCUACGCCUCUCUUCUAGCUUCCAUCAAUCUCUAGAUUCUAGAGCCCUUCGAUCAGCUAGCUUCAAAUCAAGUGCAGCUUCAGCAUUCAGUGUUUAAUGAUCACUGCUGCUAAGUGAAGGAAAGGCAAGCAGCUACAGCACAGCAGGGUUGAAGCUUCUUACUUCGCCGGCCAUAAACCUGCGCAGUUCAGAGCCAUAAGCUCGUGCUUCUGCUUGAAGCUGCUGCUGCAAUGGAAGAGCAGCUUAACCCGCUGGCCGUGACGCACCUGCUGCAGCACACGCUGCGCAGCCUCUGCACCCACGAGGACUCGCAGUGGGUCUACGCCGUCUUCUGGCGGAUCCUCCCGAGAAACUACCCGCCCCCCAAAUGGGAUCUCCAGGGUGGCAUGUAUGACCGGACCAGAGGGAACAGGAGGAACUGGAUCCUGGCAUGGGAGGAUGGAUUCUGCAACUUCGCAGCCUCUGCUUCUGACCGCGAGGGCGCAGCUGCUGCCGCCGCCGCUGCCUGCACGGAAUGUGCUGGUGCUGCUGGGCAGGAGGUGAAGGGCCUGCAGCCUGAGCUCUUCUUCAAGAUGUCUCAUGACAUCUACAACUACGGUGAAGGGUUGAUAGGGAAAGUGGCAGCCGACCACAGCCACAAAUGGGUGUUCCAGGAGGCCCAGGGGCAUGAGAUCAACCUCAUCUCCUCCUGGAGCAACCCUGCCGAUUCUCAUCCAAGGACAUGGGAGGCUCAGUUCCAGUCCGGUAUCAAGACUGUUGCUCUGAUCGCCGUCAGAGAAGGCGUCGUACAGCUUGGCUCCAUGAAGAAGGUGGCGGAGGACUUGAGCUACGUGGUGAUGCUGCGCCGGAAGUUCGGCUACCUGGAGAGCAUCCCGGGGGUGCUGCUGCCGCACCCGUCGUCGGCCGCGUUCCCGGCCGGCGGAUGCGUCGUCGGUGGCCCCGCGGACGCGGCCUGCAGCUGGCCGCCGGGACUCGUGCCACCGAUGGAGCUCUUCGACCCCUACGGCCAGGCGUCGGCGGCGGCGGCGCAGAUGCACAUCGUGCCGUCGAUGAGCAGCCUGGAGGCGCUCCUGUCGAAGCUGCCCUCAGUCGACCCCGCGGUGGCCGGAGCCCGCGGCAUGGACAUGGUGGCCAAGGAGGAGGUGGACGCCGUCGACCACGCCGAGUACCACAGCAUGGACGACACGGCCGCAGGGAGCGGCAUUGUUGCUGGCAAUGGUGGCGAGAGCACUAGCGUUGCUGCUGUCGCCGCCACUAUUGCCCCAGUGUCUUACUACGUCAACAUGGCUAAUAAGCACAGAGAGGGAUUUUAGUCUGACAACGUCGCUAAUAAUAAGCAACUACCAUGAUUUGUGCAUGCAUGCGUCGACGGCCGGCUGUACUUAGGUGUCAAGGCAGGCAUGGUAGUUGCAAUGUCUUUUUCUAGAAUGCGCCGCAUUAUAUGAUUACUCUGCAUCAAACCAAUCAUGUGUGCUGUUGUACGUGUGCUUGGAGUACUAGUCGUACCGCAAAGUGCGUACGUGCGUACGUACGUACCCGAUAUAUCGAACCGUUAUAAGUUCAACAGAGGUUACCUACGUUCA